AUAAAAUGUGAUUUGAUUUGACAGUGUGACUGAAUGGUAUAGAACACCUACAUGCUACACAGAAGGAGGCCUGUGUCAGAAACAGCUGGACAUCACAGUUUAUAAGCUUCCAGACAGUGUCUCCAUCAGCUACAGGAAGUACCCUGAUCCGAUGGUUGAGGGGCAUCAGUACCUGCUGCAGUGUCUUGUCCAGAACAUCGCUCCUAUUGGGAGACUCAGGGUGACCUUCUACAAAGUCUCUACCACUGGUGAACAGACAGAAUUAGACACACAACAGAAAUCCAAGGACACCAUCAAGACACCAGAGAAUGGGACCUACACCCUGGACUUCACCCCUGGUAGAGAUGAUGACAGGGCCCAGUUGUUGUGUUCAGCCAUGUUGGAUCUGGGAGCAGAGGGACCACAACCUCCUCCUGUAAUGGACUCAAACCGCCUCAACAUCAACGUGCACUACAAGCCUCAGAUCACUAGGAGUCCUGGAUGUUUCUCCAUGAGCACCACAGAGGGCGACACCUUAUCACUGGCUUGUAGUGCAAAUGUGUGCUGUUGUUGCGUGGACUUCCCACGGAAAGAGAACGAGGAGAGAGAGCUAGAAGAUGACGUCCAGGACUAUUGAUUACAGUGUGUGGGACCACAUCGAAGUAUCGGAUGACGAGGAUGAGACUCACCCCAAUAUCGACACGCCGAGCCUCUUCCGAUGGAGGCAUCAGGCGCGUGUGGAGAAACAGGUGGCCUUUGAGGAGAAAGGAGAGGAGCUGGAGAGGAACAUGGCAGAGUGUAAGAGACGUCUGGAAGAGGUGCAGUACAGAGUGAAGGAGUUAGAGGAGGAAGGAAAGAAGGAGGGAGAGGAGGAGAGGAAGACGGCGCUGAGCAAGGCCCAGGCCGAGGAGAAGAAAUACAGAAAGGAUCAACGCUUGUGGGAGAAGAAGAUGGAGGAACACCGGAGAGAGGAGAAAAAGAUGCCUUGGAACGUUGACACGCUCAGCAAAGAGGGAUUCAGCAAGGUGAGAGGAUGCUUCGGCGUUGGGAGGACAGUCAAGUACCUGUCUGACCACCCUUACCUGGUGUGUGAAGAGACGGCUAACUUCUCUGGUUAUCAUGUGUAUCGACCUGGAGGUGGAGGAGGUGGAGGAGGUGGUGGGGGGGCUAACUUCCUGGUUAUCAUGUGUAUCGACCUGGAGGUGGAGGAGGUGAGGGGGGCUAACUUCCUGGUUAUCAUGUGUAUCGACCUGGAGGUGGAGGAGGUGAGGGGGGCUAACUUCCUGGUUAUCAUGUGUAUCGACCUGGAGGUGGAGGAGGUGGAGGAGGUGAAACUUCCUGGUUAUCAUAUCGACCUGGAGGUGGAGGAGGUGAGGGGGGCUAACUUCCUGGUUAUCAAUCGACCUGGAGGUGGAGGAGGUGAGGGGGGGCUAACUUCCUGGUUAUCAUGUUAUCGACCUGGAGGUGGAGGAGGUGAGGGGGCUAACUUCCUGGUUAUCAUGUGUAUCGACCUGGAGGUGGAGGAGCUCUCUGUCUGUCAGACUGCCGACCAGCCCUAUCAGGAGGCCUUUACUGAUGAGCUGGAGUCCUUUAAAGAGAGAGUUCGAGGCAGAGCUAAGAUCAGGAUACAAAAGGCUAUGGAGGAGUAUGAGGAGGAGGAGAGACAGAACAGACUGGGGCCAGGUGGACUGGACCCUGUGGAAGUCUACGACACUCUGCCAGAGGUAACACACACACACACACACACAGAGACACACACAGAGAGACGGAACAGACUGGGGCCAGGUGGACUGGACCCUGUGGAAGUCUACGACACUCUGCCAGAGGAAAUGAAGAAGUGUUUUGAUGAUAAAGACAUCUCAAUGCUGCAGGAAGCUAUCAGCAAGAUGGACCCCAUGGAGGCAAAGGGCCACAUGAAGAGGUGUAUUGACUCAGGACUCUGGGUUCCCAACGCCAAUACCGACAACGAAGAGGACAAAGAAGAAGAAGAUGAGGAAGAGGACAAAGAAGAUGAGGAAGAAGAAGAGAAGGAGGGAGAGGCGGAGGAGGAGAAAUGACUCUGUCAUGAAUUGAACCCUUCCUUUAGACUUUUGACCUUUUCAGACCUAGCUACACCCUUUACUAGCGUUAGCUUGUCUUAUUGAAAACAUGCUGUGAAGAUGCUAACUUCCCUAGCGUUAAUUGGGCUAGUAUCGCUAGCAUUAGCCUGACCCAUUGAAAACCUGCACCGGGCCAGUAUUUACAAAGAGUCAGCUCUAGGAUCAGAUUCCCUCCCCAAUCCUGACGUUAACCAUUUGUGGAAAAUGCUGAACUUCACCCUGCUCCAGUUUCUACCCAUAGUCCCUUUCUCCAUGACCCCAUCUUUAUAUUAACCCCCCACCUCACUUCUACCCAUAGUCCCUUUCUCCAUGACCCCAUCUUUAUAUUAACCCCCACCUCACUUCUACCCAUAGUCCCUUUCUCCAUGACCCCAUCUUUAUAUUAACCACCUCCACCCCCACUUCUACCCAUAGUCCCUUUCU